AUUUUGUGCAGUUGCCUGUGACAGCUCCUGUUGAGUAAACUGAGACGGGAACAUCUUGUAUCGGCUGUUGUACCUGUACCUGCCAUGAUGAGAAGUUGCAUAAGAUCUUUUUGGAUCCCUAACUGAUCUGUGUUUCCGAACCCUUCCGAACCUUUGCAAGCAGCCAAAAUGAAGUUGAAGCAUAACAUCAACCCUCUUCUUUUACACUUUAUAAACUUUAUAAUCUUGGUGUACUCCUUUGUAACAUACAUUCCAUGGUACAUAUUUUCAGGAUCAAGGCAGGCUAUAGCAAAAGCCAAGCAGGUUAAAGCUAAACCUGUGAAUAACAAGCCUGGGGGUGCAUACAGAUCUGUUAACAGUCUACAUUGCUUAGCUUCAGUUUUAUAUCCUGGAUGUGAUACACUCGACAAAGUUUUUAAAUAUGCUAAAACAAAAUUUAAGGACAAAAAACUCUUGGGAACACGUGAAAUCCUAAAAGAGGAAGAUGAAAUCCAGCCUUCAGGAAAAGUUUUUAAAAAGGUCAUCCUUGGCAAAUACACCUGGCUUUCAUAUGAAGAUGUAUACAUUAAAGCUGUUAAUUUUGGAAAUGGCUUAGCAGUAUUGGGUCAGCAACCAAAGACUAACAUUGCUAUCUUUUGUGAGACUAGAGCUGAGUGGAUGAUUGCAGCACAGGCCUGCUUUAUGUGCAACUACCAGCUUGUUACGCUGUAUGCUACUCUGGGAGGCCCAGCAAUAGUACAUGGGCUAAAUGAAACAGAGGUCACCACCAUCAUUACUAGUAAAGAAUUGAUGCAAACAAAAUUGAAGGAAAUUGUUUCUCAAGUUCCACUGCUGCGACAUAUUAUUACAGUGGAUGGCAAACCAACCACAUGGUCAGAAUUUCCUAAGGGUGUCAUUGUUCAUACUAUGGCUUCGGUACAAGCUAUGGGGGCCAAGGCAGGUACUGGAAACAAACCACAGGCCCGGCCUGCGCCCUCGGAUAUUGCAGUGAUCAUGUACACAAGUGGAUCCACAGGAGUUCCCAAAGGAGUUAUGAUCUCCCAUUGCAACAUAAUUGCUGGGAUAACUGGAAUGGCUGAGAGGAUUCCAAAUCUGGGGGAAAAAGAUGUCUAUAUUGGCUAUUUGCCUCUUGCCCAUGUUCUGGAGCUGAGUGCUGAGCUUGUGUGUCUGUCUCAUGGAUGCCGCAUUGGUUACUCUUCACCUCAGACAUUAGCUGACCAGUCCUCUAAAAUAAAGAAAGGAAGCAAAGGUGAUGUUACCACACUUAAGCCAACCCUAAUGGCAGCUGUCCCGGAAAUUAUGGAUCGUAUCUACAAAAAUGUCAUGAAUAAAGUGAAUGAAAUGACUAGUUUUCAGCGGAAUCUAUUUAUAUUGGCCUACAACUACAAAAUGGAGCAGAUUUCCAAAGGUUACAGUACCCCACUCUGCGAUAGCCUUAUUUUCAGGAAAGUACGACUGCUGCUAGGUGGAAAAAUUCGCAUCCUGCUUUGUGGAGGAGCUCCGCUCUCUGCAGCAACUCAGCGGUUUAUGAACAUUUGUUUCUGUUGCCCUGUAGGACAGGGGUAUGGAUUAACUGAAUCAGCUGGAGCUGGCACAAUCACAGAAGUUUGGGACUACACUACAGGGAGAGUGGGAGCACCUUUGGUCUGUUGUGAAAUCAAGUUAAUGAACUGGGAGGAAGGUGGAUAUUACAACAGUGAUAAACCAUAUCCUAGAGGUGAGAUUCUUAUUGGAGGGCAAAAUGUGACUGUGGGCUACUACAAAAAUGAAGUACGAACCAAAAAGGAUUUCAGUGUUGAUGAAAAUGGGCAGAGGUGGCUCCAUACUGGAGACAUUGGAGAGUUUCAUCAGGAUGGAUGUCUAAAAAUUAUUGAUCGUAAAAAAGAUCUUGUAAAACUCCAGGCAGGAGAAUAUGUUUCUCUUGGCAAAGUAGAAGCAGCUCUAAAGAAUCUUCCACUGGUAGAUAAUAUUUGUGCAUAUGCAAGCAGUUUCCAUUCUUAUGUCAUUGGAUUUGUUGUGCCAAAUCAAAAGGAGCUUGCAGAACUAGCUCGAAAGAAAGGAUUUAAAGGAACCUGGGAAGAGAUCUGUAAUAGUCCUGAGAUGGAAAAAGAGGUACUGAAGGUGCUAGCUGAGGCUGCCAUGGCGGCUAAUUUGGAGAAGUUUGAAAUACCAGUAAAAAUUCGUUUGAGCCCUGAUCCUUGGACCCCUGAGACUGGUCUAGUGACAGAUGCAUUCAAACUAAAACGCAAAGAGCUUACAGCAUACUAUCAAAUGGACAUUGAUCGAAUGUAUGGAAAAAAUGUAAAAUAAUUAUUUUUUUCUGCACCACUUUGCUACAAUGAGCUUGGAUCAAAUAGGAAAUACUUGAAUUGCCUGUCUCAACACUUGAGAUCAACACACAAAACCACCAUUCCUCAUUUUCAUCUUAAACUGUUAUUUCUGAUAACAUCACCAUGAUGACUGGCAAGUUUAGUAAAAUGUUAUGGCAGCAAACUUGUGUCUGUCUCCUUUUUUCCAGUUUUCUCUGCUACCUUGUCAGUCUGUGGAUUUCCAGAGUCUUUUUGGGAAACCAUGAUUCUGAAGCCUCAAGUUUUUAAACAUUUAUAAAUUCUGUAUAGUUUUAUUUGUAUCUUUAAAAUUUGGAUGUAUAUAGAGAUAACUUGGCUAUAUAAGAAAUGGUUAUACUGGGGGCCUUUUUUUACAUAAUUAUUUAAAGAUAAGGAGGUAUUGAUGUUGUGACAUUAUGUACAUUGAAAAUGCUUGUAACAAGAUCAUUGUUGAACAGAGGACCAGGUUAUUUGCUGCUGUGUUGUUUUUCUGUGUAAAUUUGAGGGAGAAAAUGUUUGACAUUCUAGCUUGUGUAAUACACCUUCAAUAUGUGCCUAAUGGUUACUUUUAUUUUUAUCUGAAAAAGAGAAGAUGGUCAUGGCACAGCUCUGCAUAAAGGCAGGUACUCUUGCAGGUGUUAGUUAAAGCUCAUUUAAUAGAAGAGAUGAUAUUAACACAGUAGAAGUUAAAACUAAGGAUAAUCUCUCAAAUACAGAAACUCCUUUUUUAAAUAGCUCAUGACCAUUUCAUCCAGUAGUUGAAUUGUGUAGGGCUAGUAAGAACUCUCAGCUUUAAUUUCACUUAAAACUUUGUAAGUUUGACAGUGUCCUUUUAGCAGAGAGACUGUAACAACUUUUGUCUUUUCUCAUUAUGUUUGGACAUUACACUGGGUUUGCUCUUUCGUUGUUUGUCAAAAGUCUGGCAAGACCCCUGUUCUGCCCUUGCUGCAACCCAAAUCUUACAGAGGGGAUUUUUAAAGUCAUAAUGACAGUUAUGUUCUCAGCUCACACAGUGCCUAGCUGCCCUUUGUGCCGUUAAAAAUCUCCCAUUAAUUCUGUGUUCUUCUGUUUAGCAUUUUUUGCUUUAAAACCGGAUAUUUGAAUUAUUUGUCAGCCACAGUUACUUAUGUUGCUUGGCUUGUUACACCCAGUUCUUACUUUGGGUAGGAGUCUCAAUUUGUUUUACUAUAGAUAUGUGAACAUUGUUUGAAGAACUAUGGGGGCUCCAUUCUUCUUCAGCGGGAGUGCUUAGAUUUGUUUCAGAUGUGAAUUUUGUUUUCAUAAUAUUCCUGGAAAGAGUAUUUUCAUCAGGGUUACAUGAGAAUGUGAAAAGGCAUAAAUCAGUCAGCUUUGUGAUGGAGCAAAUAUUAAAAUGUCUUUAAUUUGGAGAUCAUGUGUAUCAUUUACUUAUAGUACUUAAAAUCAAGGUCUUGAUGCUCACUUGGCACCCUACUAUGGUAGCAUAUAGCAGUUCUGAAAGGCAGAAGCGUUGUUUGGGGGAGGGAGUUCCUGUUCGUUAGCAUUUGUGAUGUGGGAGUUUUGGGAGAUGUUUGAGAUACAAAUUCUCAUUUUAAAAACCCCUGAAAUAUUAUUUAAAUUAACACUUUCCAUUGAUUAGAGAAGGCAGUUUCAUAGGAGCUGAAAGUUAUCAAGUAGGUUCUUUGUACUUUAGUUUUGAUGAAACAGUGAGAUUUGUGCUGUAUUUUGUUAUGUUGCCAUCUCUCCCACUAUUCAUGGGUUUCCCUUGCUGUUGUCUCUGAAAAACUACCAUUUGAAUUUUGGUGUAUCUAGUCAAAUGGAAAUAUAAGCAACAAAAAUAAAUCAAAACUGCAUUUAUGAGAUUAAUGUGUUCAGAUAUCUAGAUCAUAAAUUAAAAACUUCUGGCAAAUAGAAAUAAGACUAAUGUUGGAAAAUGACUGAAGAAGGCGAGUGUGGGAAUUGCCAAGUCUGUAGGGAAGUGUCACACCAUAUAUUAGGUAUUACUAAUACUUAAAUAUGUAUUUGUGCUCCAUCAACAAGUUCUUAAAUAGUUUGUGCUCAGCAGAGGAUGUACAUUGCUCAAAUUUUUUUUUUGUGAUUUUUUUUUUUUUUUAGUGGAAAUUAAUAAAUUGCUGAAGCACUAUGUAUAUCACUUGGUGCAUUGUGCAGAUUUAAGAAAAUCUGCUUUUGAUUGAUACAGAAAAAAUCUGUAUUUUGUUCUGUUAAGGGUUUAAAUCUACUUUUGGAUAAAUUGCAUAAAUAAAUGGUUUGGAAAUAGUUUUAAUUUUUCUUCUAAUCCAGUCCCAAGAUUAGGUUGCAUUCUAACUGGAUUUGAAUUUACAGUUCAGGUUUUUUAUAUUUAAAACGGAUGUUGAGAUAUAUUUAUAUAGUUCCUCCGAUUCAUUGUGCACAUUUAUUUCUUCUACAGAAUGUGAAAAUAAAGCAGUUCAUUGAUUUUAGUCUCAGCAUUGGAGAUAGACUUUUAAAAUAUUUGUAUGGGCUUAAAAUCUUUGUGAUGAGUAUGGUGUUUUUUUCUUUUGAUUUAUAACAAAAGGCAGACUUUAAUACUGCUAGGUUCUGAGUUCUUCCAUGUCCUGUUGAGGCCACCUGGCCUGUGGGUGCCCAUGCUUUUCAUUAGUUGAGCAGGGCUGUAAUGGGAUGGUAAGUCACAGCUGCUGCUCAGGUGUAGGGCUUCCUUGCUCUGGCAGUCUUAGGUCUUAGCCCUGUAGCCUCCUAUUCCUGUCAGAUACUUUUGGCUGCCACCAUGUUCUCACCCUGUGCUGUUGCAUUGCUGAGCAGAAAGACAACUUCAGGGGAGUCUGAAACCCUGUGUAGAUGCACUACAUGCCAGCCAGGAAUUUAUCUGGCUUUUUUUUUUUUUCUUUCCCUAUCUUCCCAUGCCCAGUGUAAGAACAACAAAAGUACCUGCUGGAAUGUAUUGCACAUGUCCUAAAGGCUGUGGACACUUGUAGAGUAAAUUAGGAAAAGCGCAUGGUUGGAAGUAACGGUCUCCAUGUGGGGAAUUUUGUAAUGGAAAGAGCCGUAACUUUCAAACAGUCUUGCUGAGUUCAGACUAAGAACAAGGGGCAUAUACCUCACCUGAGGGGCCCCAAAAAGAGGGGAUUUUUAACAAAGCCUUUGUAAAUACGAAUUUCCCAGGACUCCAAUUCAUUGGAAAUUGUAACUACUUAUUUUGUUGUGAAAAUCUACAUAUUUCAUUAUAAAAAAUGACUGACCAAGAAAUACCAAGGAUGCUGUCAAUCUCCUUUAAAUUCCUACUGUUAUUUAAAAAUAUUUCAGGACUUUAGGCUAAAUUCAAUCUAAAUGUCAUAAGUGUUCUUUGCAGAGAAUAGUGUUUCUGGAAUAGGUUAGGAAAUUUUAAAAUUACAUGUCAGAAAAGACCAUGUAAGUUUGCUACUGCAGUUUACACAAAGCAGGACCGUACCUCAAUGGGAAGCUGUAUCUUAGCAGUAAAAUAUUUUGCUGAAAUGAAAAACAAUGUAAAACUGAAACUGAGAACAUAAUGCAUACCUAUGUCCUACUGGUUUUAUAGAUAGUAUUGCAGAGAAGGGUAUGGAAUUAAAACCAUACAUUAAAAAUGUCCUGUAAAGCUUGUAAGUUUAUGCAGAAAUUGCUAUAGGACGUAAUACUCCUUUGCAAUAACCUUUAUCCUGCUAAAAUUCACAAGCUUUUAUUCUGUACUAAAACUACAUUUAGGCAAUGCAGCAUUUUUUAUUUUUAUUGAUGCAAUGUAUUAACUACUUUGGACUCUCUAUAAAAUUGUGAACAUCUGUUUCUUUACUGGCAAGAGGAACAAUCUUCAACUUGCAUACACCUAGGACCAGGCUGAAACGUUAAUUGAAUGACCAAUUGUAUAUUAUUGUAAUUGGUUAUUUAAUGUAAACUCAUUUUUUGAUGUGAUCUUGGUUGUUACUCUGAACUGCCUGAACAUUGUAUAUCCUAAUUGAGUUAUAUUGUAUGAAUUAUUUAUUUGUAAUUGGAUAUCAUGUUUCAGAAAUAAAAUUAAUUUCACAAAU